AUGCCAGGGAAUUCUGAGGAGCUGUGUCAAGCCGUGCUAGGCUUCGUCACCGAGGGCACGUAUCCCGAGGAGAAUGUAGUUGCUGGUAAAUUUCCGGCAGCUGCUCUCGCCAGGGAACUCGAGCUUAUAUCAAAGGCGCGUGAGCAGGUAGAGAAUGAGAUUAGCUCCUUGAGUCGCGAGAACACCACCUUCGAUGCCGAUGACUGGAUUAUUCAAGCGAAGCAACUUCAUGCCGACAUAGAACGCUCAAGAGUGACUGCACGAGAAAUAGUCGCUCAGCAUGAACAUACUGAACCCCUGCAGGCGAAGGUUGAAGAUGCGAGGGCAAAGGUCGCGUUGGUCGAGACGGAGAUUGCCUUCAAUCAGGCCGUAGCCGGUACCUUAGAGGAGGUGCACCGUCUAUGCCAGCAGCUCGAAGCGGGGCGAGCUGCCCUCAGAAAUGGCCAGAUCACUGUCGCGAUUGAACAAUUGGAGUCUACCGACGCAGCUGUUGGAAAGGAUGCCUUCUUUACCAAUACAAAUGUGAUGGGUAUACUCUCAGACGAGGUAUCAUCACUGCGAUUGGAGAUUGUCGAGGCGCUUCGCUCACGCUGGGCUGAUCAAUUGAAAGUUGACCGACAACAAGGCGAAUUCCACGUUUCCAGGGCAGAUGCAGAUACAGAUUCUCUUGAAAGCACUAUUACGUCGCUGGCCAGACUGAAUAUACUUACAUCUGCCAACGAGAAACUACAAAAAGAUCUCAUGUCUGCGAUCGUAAAUCCGAUCUUGCUACCUCGCCCUGAUAGGACCAGUCAUGGUGUGGUGGUGACGGAGACUAGCAUUCGCAUUGAGCCCGAGGCCUCAAAAACAACUGCACUGGAGAUCUUGGAUCGCCUUUCCAGUGUUUUGGGCUACCUGCGACAGAAUCUACCGCCAUCGGUGUCCGCAAGUUUCUCUGAAACGUUCAUUGUGACUAUUUCCUCGAAGGCGAUCUCCGAGUGGCUGUCACCUGCUAUCCCGACGGAUCUAGAUGGCCUCGCUGAGUUUGAGAACGUUCUGGACCAUGUUUUGCAGUUCGCAAAGAAGAUAGAUUCUUGGGGUUGGACUGGCCAAGAGGAACUCGUCUCGUGGGUCAAUCAAGCUCCACGCCUGUGGUUGACUCGACGUAGAGUCGACUCGCUCGAUAGCGUUCGCAAAGUCCUUGCCGCCAGUCAAGGAACAACAAAACAGGUCGAACGAAUUGAAAAGGAAAAGGUCUCUCAGGCGGAGGGUGAUCUAUUGGAGAACGAAGGCAAUGAUGACUGGGAUGCGGACUGGGAUGACGAUAAAGAAGAUGAGCCUAAGAAAGCAGGAACAACCAAGCCCGAGGAAGAGGAAGAGGAAGACGUUAGUGCGUGGGGUCUUGAGGAGGAGGAGACUGAAGAGACUCCUGAUCAGGCCAAACCAGACGCGGCAGCUUCUACAGAAGACGAUGAUGCUGAUGAUGCCUGGGGCUGGGGCGACGAGGAUGAAGAUGACCAUAAAGUAGAUAAUGAGCCCCCGCAGCCCCAGAACACAGCAGCGACAAAACAAAUCGACAAGAAAGAUGCAACUGGAUCUGUCUCAUCAAAAGAGGUCACCCUGAAGGAAGUUUUCACAAUCACCGAUAUCCCCCAGUCUGUUCUUGGGGUCGUUCAGCAACAAAUCACCGACUCAAAGAAUAUUUUGCAGCCUGCUCAUGCCAAUUCUCGCGUCGCUUCUUCUGGCGCUGGUCUUCUUGCACUGCCAACCUUGAUCCUGGCGAUGUUUAAAGCUACAUCAUCCACAUUCUACUCGCUGAAGCUUACUUCGGGGCAGAUGUACCUUUAUAAUGAUAGUCUCUACCUUGCUGACGAAAUUCGGAAACUGGCCGAGGAACAUGAUCUCUCCAGACUUCAGCCCGAUGUUGAAGCUUUGGAGAAAUUUGGCAAACUUGCGUAUAGCAAAGAGAUGCAGACCCAGCGCACGAUCGUCACAGAUCUGCUUGACGGAGCCCAGGGAUUUGGACAAUGCUCUAUGCAGCCAUUCCAGACAGACUGUGAGAAUUCUGUUGGCGCAACCGUUGACCGGAUUCGCGAUGUUUACAAGGAAUGGCAGCCCAUACUGUCUCAUUCCGCGUUGCUCCAAUCAGUGGGAUCUCUCCUGUCUACCGUGAUCAACAAGGUGGUCAUUGACAUCGAAGAUUUGGGUGAUAUAUCGGAGGAUCAGUCGCGGCAACUGGUAUCCUUCUGUAACCAACUCUCAAAAUUGGAGGACCUCUUCAUGCCCGAGACAGAUGGUGGUGCCGAGGCAUUGCCCGUAACUGCCGUCUACGUUCCAAGCUGGCUCCGUUUCCAGUACAUGAUCAAUAUUCUGGAGAGCUCCCUCGCAGAUAUCAAAUUUCUUUGGCUCGAAGGAGAGUUGGGCUUAGAGUUCUCUGCUGAGGAGGUGAUUGACCUGAUCGAGGCCUUGUUUGCAGAGUCCGAUUACCGGCGACGUGCUAUUUCGGAGAUACGAAGAGCGCCCAGAGGAUAA